AUGGAUCCCGCGAGCGGUGCUGUGAAUGGCGAUGGUGCGAACGGACAAGCAAAUGGGCCAUGGCCUCCCAACAAUGCCAUGGUCCUUCCCAUACGGCCUCGUCUGCCCACUGUGGAUGAUGCUUUGCAGUUCUCCCCCUUGAGCUCCAUAACGCCCUUCGAUCCCAGUAUCAUACCCUUCCCCUCCAGCUUCCCUCAUACGAACCAUACCAUCUUCACACAUACCGAGGAGCGGCAAAAGGCAAGGAGGGGCUUGGAUUCGCUCAAUGCGGAGGCUGCUUCGAAUACACAGAGCACCUCGUACCGGCUACAGCAGUCGUUACAACAGCUCCAGCAGCUACUAAGACCAUCCGAGUUGACCGAGUUCAAGUUUAAGCGCCCAGCCCAAGGGCCUUCGGCGGUGAACAACUCCACUGGCACUUCGCAAAAGGCACCGACACCACGUCUUGGUGCCUUCUCGGCUAUGGUGUUGAACAAGACGAACGUCGCAUUUCGUUAUCCCACCCCAACUUCGCCCACUAAGAAGACCAAGACACCAUCCAAGCGUCCUGAUGGUCACCAAUCACGGCAGCAGGAGCAAACGCCACGGCGUCCUGUUCCUGUUUCGCAGUCGCAAACGCCUCAAGCAACGCCACAGCCUGCCAGGCAAAAUGUCCCGUUGACUACUCCAGUCAAAACCGAGCGUUCGGAUGCAGACGCACCGCAACAGAACGACCUCUCGUCCAGCCAGAGUACCAAGGUAGCAGUCGUAAUUCCGCCCAAGAGCUCGCAGCCAAAGCCUGUGCAAUCCAGUGUCAAUGUCAUGCCACAGCCUAAGGUCGAGGUCCGGCCGCAACUGGUUGUCGAGGCCCGACCACAGCCUAGAGUUGAGGAUACACAGGCUCCUCCUUCAUCGCAAGAGAGACGGGUUGGCGCUGGAAUCGUCGUCCUUAAACUUCCUUCAGCUUUGCAAAAGAUCGAGUACCAGGCCCAUCCAGACGUCGACGCGCGAAUUCUUGCUUGUGAAGAUGGACUUUCGCGCAAACGCAAACGGGAAGACGAUGUGGUACCAACAAUGAGCAUCGACCAGAGACAGAGGAUCGAAGCGACUGUCAUGCGCCUGCAGAACUUGAUUGGGGAUAUCUUCGAGGCUGAGGAUCAACUACAGCCGGACACUUCCGGAAACAUUUCCUCCGAUGCCGCGAGGUUCUUCGUCCCUAGCAACGUUGGCGACAACGAUCUUCCCGUCCUCUCUUCGGAUGCACAGUCGAGACUGGACUCCGCCUUGCACAAGGUCAUCUCCGCCAAGGCUUUCGGAAAUAUCCCUGCGGAUAGUCUCAGUCGCUUGCAAAAGCUAUGUGAGGGAGCUGUCAGCAGUGUCUCCAGUCUUUCCAUCACGCUUGGUGAAGAUUGGUCAGAGGGUGAUAUCGAAGAAUGGGUUGGCCGUCUCAACAGGGCACAACAUGGACUGCAAGCUGCCAGGAUACUUCUCAGGAUCAUGACAGCUGGGCGUGAAGAGAAGCAGCUCUACUCAGAGGAUAUUCUAUCCAGUAUUCUUGAUGCUCUGAAGCAUGUUCUGGAAACAUGCAUGAUACCCGUCUUCGAGGCACGCAAUUCUGAGACUAACAAUGCCUCCUUCAAGAUCAUUUCUGCGCAACGAGGGCACCUUAACUCGCUUCUGCAGAUGGCAGGAAAGGUUCUCAGGCUUCUAGCGGAAAUGAUUGUUAAGGUCGAUGUCUCUGACAGCGCCGUCACUUCAGUGGAAUUUGUAUCGACCACGCUGAUCUUCGUCGAAAACGCACCCACGGAAAAGGAUUCAGCGCUUGGAAUCCAGAAGUGCGAAGGCAUGCGCAGAAUCGCUAUGGACGUCUUGGCGAAGAUCUUCGCGCGCUACCCUGAUCAGAGGACUUUUAUUUUCGACGAGAUACUCACGUCCCUGGAGAAGCUCCCCGUAACUCGACAAAGCGCUCGACAGUUCAAGAUGUUGAACGGAAAGCCGAUCCAGCUAGUCUCAGCGUUGCUAAUGCGACUCAUCCAGACCAGCGCGACCCGUUCGAUCAAGGACACGCACAAAGAUGUACAAGGCUUGCGGUUGGAUGAGCUCGAGGAUGAUGAGAAUGCAUCUCAGAAUGGCGCUCGUUCUCCUGCUCCUGACCAGUCCGGUAUCAUUGAGAUGCAUGAUGCUGCUCAAAUGGACCGCGAGGACUUGAUUGAAGAGCUGAACAGCGUCAUGAAGCCACUCUUUGAGGACGCGCAGAAAAGCGCUCGCUACCUGGUGAACUUCAUGGUUCAACGAGCAAUGACAGCUACGAAAACUGGUGAUCAGCCUUACCGCAACCUGCUGGACAUUUUUACAGAGGACUUCCUGACUGUCCUCGGAUCGUCCGACUGGCCUGCAGCGGAGCUACUUCUGAGAGCUCUUCUAUCGAACAUGAUCGGCCUCGCUGAGAACGACAAGAGCCCGGCGCCCGCGAAGAACAUGGCUCUGGAUUUGAUGGGGCUGAUGGGAUCUGGCAUUCUGGAUCUACAACUUCACGUCAAAAGCGCUGUAAAAAGUAUUGACACAGCAGAGUCGGAGCUUUCUCGCCAACUUGCCAACACCGCAGAGGAUAUUCUGGACGAUAACUCAAAAGAUGCCGAUCUUCUCGAAUUCGAUGGUCCUUACCGCGUGGUUUUGGAGUAUCUGGAGUCUCGCGACCUAGAUGAUCCUCAGCUACAGAGCGCCCAAGGCUACCACGUAACUCAGUGGGCUAAAGAGGUUCACGGUUAUCUAGACAAAGAUGAGGACGAAAACAUGCGUGGAACUCUGGCGAUCCAAUUACGAAACAUGAUGCUGGAUCCCAAGUGGCUCGAACAGGAAUUUGACUUUACCAAAGUGUCGACAGCCCAAGGCAUCCUCGCUGGCUCUAUUGUCGCACUUCGGCUCCCUUUCUGCAAAGCGUUCAAGCGCAUGUUCGCCAUCCUUCUCAGUGCCAUGACCAGCGAUCAGGCCACAGUCAAGAGCAGGAGCUUGAAAAGUGUCGUUCAACUUCUGGAAAAGGAUCCUUCCAUUCUGAAGAACGGUCACUACAUCAUCCACCAGAUCUUGCGCUGCGCAUCCGAUCAAUCUCCACUGGUCAGAGAUUCUGCACUUGGUCUCCUUGCUAAGUGUCUUCAAUUCAAGCCGUCACUCGAGAAUGAGGUGUUUGACAGGAUCAUUGCUCGUGCGCACGAUGCCGCGGUUGGUGUCCGAAAGCGAGCCAUGAAGCUCCUCAGGGAUAUAUAUCUCAGGAAUGAGUCCAAAGAUGUCAAGACAGCCAUUGCUGAAGCUUUCUUGCAGCGCAUCAAGGAUGUCGACGACGGCGUUUCUGAGCUUGCAAGGACGACAUUUGAAGAGAUCUGGUUCACACCUUUCCAUGCGACUAACAAGAUGGAGCGUGCUCAGUCCAAGUUUCUUCUUCAGAACCAAGUCGUGCUCAUCAUCAGGACGGUCCAGCGCGGCGAGACCGUUCUUUCUGUGCUCGACGCUCUCCUAGAGAAUGUCCUAUCACCUGGGUCAAAGAACAGCACCGCUAAUUUCAACGUUUGCAAGAGCAUGGUUGCUGUCAUGUUCGACGGCGUCAUUGACAGUACAGAACUUCCAGAAAACCCAUCGCAGCAACACAUCUUGCAGACUUUGACUGUAUUCGCAAGGGCGAACCCAAAACUUUUCACAGGAGAUCAGCUACAGCUCCUGCAGCCUUACAUUCAGAACCUGUCCAACACGGAUGAUCUGCUGAUAUAUCGCUCAGUCAUCGUCAUUUUUCGUCACACACUGCCUUCUCUCUCGUCGCUCCAGAACACUUUCCUCAAGGCGGUUCAGGAUGCUCUGCUGGCGAGCGUUUCGAAGCUUGGCAAAAUGGAGUUGAACGAGGUCGCUCAAUGCCUCUGGAUCAUUGACGGGGUCCUCCAGAACACCGAGCGCCUUGUCCGGCUGACUAUUUCAGUCAUCAACGGUGUGUAUGCAAGCAAAGACACUAAUUUCACCGAUGAUACCCCACAGGCAGCCCAGGCUCAGAACAGGGUCAAGCGGUAUAUGAUGAUCGCAGGCUACUUCGGGAAAUGCUGCAACUUUGAUCCACACACUGCGGCAUUCAAGGAAAAGUUUCCGUGGUGGAAAGGUAGUUCAGUUGCCGGCUUGAUUGUUGAUGUAAUCCGGCCUUUCACUCGCCAAAAGCUCCCACACAAUCUGCGGGAGAUGGCUUUCGAGAGCAUCGGCAUGAUCUGCCAGGCCUGGCCUUUCCACUUUCUCCGGACCGAUGUCACGACUGCUUUUGAGCUUGUCUUCCACAACCGCGAUACAAAGUUGGAACAAAUCGUCUUGUCUGCUUUCAAGACGUUCUUUGCCAAGCAAGAAGCCAAGUCGGAGUCGGGUGCCCAGAUCAAGGUGGGUGAGGGUGUAACUCGCGGGUCUGAACGCCUUGAGGUAUCCCUAAUCGCCAGUGACGACGAUGGUGCUUGCAGCGGCAUUGCUCAGCGGUUCCUGCACCACAUUGUCCGCAUCGCAUUGGAGCCAGCCGAGGAGCCCGCCAUGAUAGCAGCCCAAGUCAUUGCCAGCAUCAAUCGUCAAGGUCUGGUACAUCCGAAGGAAUGCGGCCCCGCUCUGGUGGCUCUUGAGACGUCAACCAACCAGUUCAUCGCCAACCUUGCGUUCCAAGAGCACAAGACACUGCAUCAAAAGCACGAGAGCAUGUUUGAGAAGGAGUACAUGAAGGCAUGCCACCAAGCUUUCGAAUACCAGCAAAGUAUCUUUCAUGAUACGCAUGGCGCAACCACUCAUCCUUUCGCACCCAAGCUUCGUUCAUUGUUUGAAGUUCUCAAGACGGGCAACAGCAAGGUCCGUAAGAAGUUUUUGCUGAACCUGGCUUCAAAGGCCGAUUUCGACUUUUCCAAACUCGAUACUUCUGAGGAUGUUCCACCACAUCUGCUCUAUUCUCGCUUCUGCUUGGAGAAUCUGGCUUUUUUCGAUUACGUCCGAGUUGACGAGCUGCUUUCGCUCGUUUCAAACAUGGAGAAGAUAGUUUCAAACACGGGCACUCCGGUGGCCCACGCCAUCGAGCUGGAGGUACUGAAGGUCCGUCUGGAUGAGCCUGCAGCACCACCUCCGGUCGCCACAUCCAUUGAGGCCUUCGCUCCCAUGCUGCAGCAGUCGUUCGAUAACUCUACGGAACCGUUCCCCUCGCUGCUGGCGCAACAGCCUAUUCAACAGUCUUUCCUCAAUGGCGAGACACAGAACAAGUCCUUGGAUGUUGCGCCGGAGCGUCUCAAGCAUCUCACCAUCGCGUCGAUCGUCUUGACCAUGAUCUGGGAAACUCGGACCUAUCUUCGCCGUCUCUGGGGUCUGCAGAAGCAGCGCGAGGGCGGCAAGACCGGCAACAAGCCUACCAUCAAGGACCUCAACAAAGCGCCCAGUCGGCAGCCCUUCAUCGUGCCGGACAAGUUCUGGGAAAAGAUGCUUGCGCUCAUGGACUGUCUGUCCAGCACCGAGGCCAUGGUUGCGCAGUGCAAAGCGUUCGCGGAGCUGCUCUCGAUCGACAACGAGCUCAGGGUCGCGUCGGAAGACGACGAGGAAGCCGAGUUGGUAGCCAGGGCGGCGGGUUACGACACACCGGAUGACGAAGACGAGAGCCGCGGCGGCAGCCAGACGCCUGGUGGAGCCGGCCCACGUGGUCGCAAGCGCAAGGGUUCCAUGGGUUCGUCCGGGACUCCUAAGAAGAAGCGGGGCAGGCUGUCAGGCAAGCCCAAGAUGGCGAAGGGCAGAAGGGGUUCGAGAGGUUCAAGCGGCAGUCACGACGAAGAAGCUGUGGUUUGA